AUGACAUUAAUCAACGUAAUCGGCAUAACUGUAAUUAAGAAGCCUCGACCAUUAUUUCAAAGCCUAAUUUAUAGAUGCAGAAAGAUUAAUGUCAUUGAAUUACGUCCUAUUGUAAAGACGUCUUUACAACAAGACAUAACCAGUGACAUAAAUCUUUCUGCACCUAUUAUUAUAAAAAAAGCUAAAAAGGGUGGUCCCACAUUUGAUGAAGUAUGGGAUUAUUUUGUAAAAGGUGAACAAGAUAUCCAAAAGUAUUGGCAUAAUAAAUUUGUAAAUGAUAGUCAUGCAUAUUCAAAAAAUUCACAAUUAAAAGCAAUUUUGCCUGUACAAGUUAGUAAUGAUUAUGAUAGAAUUAUUCUAAAAGCUUGGACUGUUACUAAUAUUCUAUUUGAAUUGCUAGAUAAAGAAUUUGCAUUAGUGCAGAAUGCUGUAGAUAAUGAAUUAGAUAAUGCUAAACAUCUAACAUUAAGUAUAUGUAAAUUAAAAGCCUUUAAUCUUGCUUCAAUUGAUAAUUAUAUUGUAGGCAAAAAAGAAGAAAGUAAAGAAUAUAAAAGUAAUGAUAAUGAAACUUUAUCUUAG